CCUACAGACAGUAACUCCAGAUCAGAUGCGACUGGCUUGCGGGGUCUUCGAAGCAACUUCACAUUUGAACUGUGAGUUCUGCCACCCAAAGACUUAAACCAACGCAAUCAUGACUUCAUCUGUAUCAUGUGCGCUCUUUCUACUGGUAUCAAUCGGUUUUCCGUUGUCUUUUGCGUUAACGGGGGAAUAUUGUCACGGCUGGACGGAUUCCUUCAACGCUUGGCACCGGGGAUUCCAGUGUCCGGAGCGCUUUGACGGUGAGGACGCGCGCUACUGCUGCGGGACAUGCGCGCUCAGGUACUGCUGCACGUACGCGGAGGCGCGCCUCGAUCAGAGCACCUGCGACACGGGCUCCGAAUCUGAGAACACCGAUGACGUGAGAAAGUUGACGGAAAGUGCUCCAACCUAUCUGCCUUUUGUGAUAGUGGUGAGCUCGUUCCUGUCGUUCGUUCUGGUCGGUGCGGUUGUAUCUAUCUGCUGCUGCCAGUGUGUGAAACCCAAAGCAAGCGAUCGGCCAACAGGGCCAUCCGUUGCUCAGACCAGCCUGUUGGAAUCUGGAGGACACUCUGUGGACAGCUCCACAGCGUCCCGCACCUCCAUGUCAGGCUUCUCCAUGACAAACACCCGCCCUCCACCAUCUGAGGUCAGUGUGAACCUCUACGGCCCGAUGGGAAAUGCGUUCUCAACCUCUCAGUCCCAGCAGUAUGUUCCUCCACUCCCACAGGGGGCACCACAGUUCUACCAGCCCUACAUGAAUUACCGUCUCCCCCCAGAACGCAGCAUGCUAAUGGCCCCUGCGUUCCUGGAUGCCAGCCCUGCAUUUGGGCAGGUGCACGGACAACCUUUUCCUCAGGCCCCCAUGCACACAGAGCCCAUCUAUCCCACUGUCACUAUAUGAUGAUGUUUAUAAAACUACAAAUGGACUAUAAAACUGUGUGGAACUACACAAGGAAUAAGAAUGUCACAGGGAUACUUUAUUUUUGCUACUUUGGAUGGCUUCCACAAACAUUCUCUGUAUCCACACACACACAAUCACAGCUGACAUCAUGUUGGUCAUGGUUGGUAUCUUUUUAUGAUAAUACUUCUCAUAGGAGUGUAUUUGCAUUAACACUUGAUUGUUUAUUCAGCAAUCACUGGUUGUAAUGUUAUAUUUAACAGAUUAGAGAAUAAAUUUUAUUUUCAUUGGCAAUUUCUUUGACUGUCUUCUCAUUCUUACACAA